GGGUAGCCGCGGCGGUGGUGGCGGCGGCGGCGGCCAUGCUGGAGAUGAUGGCGGCAGCGGCCGAUAGCAGCUCGGUCUCGGCCGGCGGUUCCGCCCGGCUGGAAGUCUCCAUCGACGGCCUAACGUUGAGCCCGGACGAGGGAGAGCAGGAGAGCAGCAAGCCGCGGGAGGCCUCACUUAACGACACCCAUCCCAGAGCAGCGGCCCCAGUGCCUGAGUCGGAGCCGGGAGCCGAGGCUGGGGCCGGGGCAGAGAAGCUGCAGGAGGGACAGACACGGGCUGAGGAGAUGGAGGAACACUGGGGCUUCCACCUGAAUGAACUCUACUGCCUGGCCCUCAAAUUCUUUAAAGAAAAAGAUGGGAAAGCUUUCCACCCAACAUAUGAAGAGAAACUGAAGUUUGUCGCUCUGCAUAAACAAAUCACAGUUGGUCCAUACAGCCCUGACUCGUGUCCGGAAGUUGGCUUCUUUGACGUUCUUGGCAAUGAUAGGAGGAGAGAAUGGACUGGCCUGGGGAACAUGAAGAAAGAAUAUGCCAUGGUGGAAUUUGUCCAGUUGCUGAACAAAUGCUGCAGUCUGUUUGAACCAUAUGUCACAUCCCAUAAAAUAGAGAAGGAGGAGCAGGAAAGGAAGAGGAGAGAAGAGGAGGAGAGGCGUCAAAGGGAAGAGGAGGAGCGAGAACGUUUGCGGCAGGAGGAAGAGAGAAGGCAGCGAGAGGAGGAAGAAAAAAGGAGGCGGGAGGAGGAGGAGAGGAGGAGGCUGGAGGAAGAACGGCUACGAAUGGAACAACAAAAGCAACAAAUCAUGGCUGCCUUAAAUGCACAAACUGCCGUGCAGUUCCAGCAGUAUGCAGCCCAGCAGUAUCCUGGUAACUUUGAACAACAGCAACUCCUGAUUCGUCAGCUUCAAGAGCAGCACUAUCAACAGUACAUGCAACAGCUGUACCAGGUGCAGCUAGCACAGCAGCAGGCAACACUACAGAAACAGCAAGAGCCAAUAGUAUCAACAACCCACAUUGGGGUAGGAGAGGUCCCGACAGUGAACGGACAGACAACUACACACACAGACCCUUCGGAAAAAGAGCCUGAGCCAGAAUCUUCGGAAGAAGUGUUGGAAAAUGGACCAAAAGAGGCAGCUCCAGUCAUAGCAGCCCCUUCCAUGUGGACCCGGCCACAAAUCAAAGAUUUCAAGGAGAAGAUCCGGCAGGAUGCAGACUCAGUCAUCACGGUGGGCCGGGGGGAGGUAGUAACCGUACGGGUGCCUACUCAUGAGGAGGGGUCUUACCUCUUCUGGGAAUUUGCUACAGACAGUUAUGACAUAGGCUUUGGCGUCUGCUUUGAAUGGACGGAUUCUCCGAAUACCACAGUGAGCGUGCACGUCAGUGAGUCCAGUGACGAUGAGGAUGAUGAUGAAGACAAUCCCAGUGAAGGAGAAAAAGUCAAGAAGGAGGCCAGCAAAGUUCAGGUAGACGAGGUGGUGCCGGUCUACAGAAGAGAUUGCCACGAGGAGGUGUACGCUGGAUCCCAUCAGUACCCAGGCAGAGGGGUCUAUCUCCUGAAAUUCGACAAUUCCUACUCACUGUGGAGGUCAAAAUCCGUUUAUUACAGAGUAUAUUAUACCAGAUAAAACCAAGCUUUGGUUUGCCCUCACUUGGCAUCUGCUAUUUUUUUUGUUUUCUUUUGUAAACUUUAAUUUGCACAUUGUGCAUUGAAAUAAUUAUCUAAAUCAUUCUAUAUAAUAAAUUGGGUGAAGGAUCUGCUAUUGCAGUAAUGAGAAUCACUGCCAGGAACUGCUUUCAUUAGACUUCUUCAGAGUCAUUAUUAUACUGAGUUAUUGCUGUCAAUGAUGACUGUAUGUUACAUUGUGAGGAGUGGCUAAUGCAACCUCUAGUCUGUAGAGUCUGGGCUGUCAACUUAAAACUGAGGGUGGUUUAAGAAAGAAAUGCUUGAACAGAUGCAUAACAAUCACCUUGUCAACACACCUGAAUAAAUACCUCAGCACAGCUAUCUCUGAAUAUGGGCUCCAGCAGGUUUAAAAGCUUUGCCCGUUCUGCCAAGCUCUCUGGUGUCGCAGACGUUUCCAUGAGACGUGGUUAAACUGAAAGUUGCACGGGCUGUGAAUCUUGAGUUCAAGGGUGGGAAAAGGUGAGUUAACAUCUUGUGUGUGAUCGUCCUCGCACCCAAAGCAUCUUGCUGGUCAUCUGGAUGCUGCUGGGUUGCUUUUCACACUGUUCAACAUGGCAGUGGGACUACCAAUGGGGACUUGUAACUCCAGUCAUUCAGUGAGUGCCAUGGCUUUUCCUGUUAAAUUAAAAAGAAAACCUUUGUACUCAGGAUUUGAACUCCCCUUGGUUAAAAGAAUUGUCCUGACUGCCUCCUCGGUCUAUCCCCCUUGGUCCAUGAAACAUAUAUAUCCCUUGGGGUGCCUGGGGCCAGCUCAGGCUACUCUCCACAACAGCCUUUCCUCAGUGUUAACAAAGUGAUGUCCUUGUUGGAGUAAAGUGGCCCUCAGAAGGCUCAUCAAAAGUGCCUCGAGACACUGGAGCCACUUGCCUGAGCUCUUUAACUAAUGCCUCGUUCUAGAGGAGAGGAGAUACUGGAUAUAGGGCUGAGCACAGUGGUGGAAUACUGUUGCUGUAUGUAACCACAUUUUGCUGGUUUUUGAGGAUUGACUUUGAAGUUUCAGGUAUAUUCCUCCUUAAUACCUCACCCUGUGCCCCCUCCCUCCAAAAAAAAUCCCCAUCACAUGACUUGAUAUGUAAGUAUACCAACCAGUACAGUACUGAGCUGCUUCAUUCUCUACCAUGCUGAGUUACUUGAUCUUGGCUGCAGCAUUUGAAUGGGAAACAAACGUUCCCCUCAGCAUCUCUAGCUGAACUCGACAGGGUUCGGUGUCCUGAUCACUGUCCGAUGAUUCCAGCUGCUGUUUAUCAGGUUGAAGGCUUGCUUGCGAUGCCCUCUGGAGUCGGCCACACCGCUGUCACUCUGUCUGGGCUCACAGGUGAGGAAUUGAAAAGCACACAGGUUUCAUGUGAAAAUAGAGGUAAAGCAGCUGAUUAAAACUCUGUAGGAACAGCGAUGCUGUGUCCCAUUGGUCUCACCUCACUGACUUCUGCGGAGAUGUGGAGGCCAAAUCCAGCUCAGGUCUUUUGGAGCAUGGGCAGGCAAUUGCACAGGAAUUUAAGCAUUUUGAGUUGACUUUCACUUUAAUUUCCCACUCUGCCAAUUGUUGGUAAAACAGUGUAAUCCUUGUCCAAAAUUGUUCCAGUUUCAUCAGUUAUGUGCAGUUGUGUUCGUUCAAGAAUAAAGAAGUCUGGCAAUGAAUCAACAUGUUGAAGAGAGGAGGAACAGGCACUGGGGAGGUCAGAAAUAGUGAGCAGCCCUCCCUUUGUACCAAUGAAUUACCCCAUCUCCAGUAAGAGAGUAGUAGUGUAGAUUGUCUUGGUUUCGUUCUUUGUGAAACAGGAAAACUCCUGUUAGCCUCCACUCUCAAAGAUGCAUACUGAAGCUCCUACCCUUCACGGUUCUUAUUUUUUUAAUUAAUGUACAGGUUUAAUGCAACUGCUGAUGUCAUUGAAAAAGAGGCAAAUGCUCAAAUACUAGAGGGAUCAUCCUUGGCAUUGCUCACUUGCUAGUCCAAACCGCAGUAUAACUGUGACCGUAGUCCACCCCUUUUAAAAUCACUGCUCAGUUCCUUCCUGUGGGGACCCAGGCAGGCAGAUGGUGGGAGUUGAAUGGUAGCUGCUUCUAAAUUCCUGAGGUGGUCAAAAUGAAUGUAAGUUUUGGGCUCUAGGUCAUGAGAACCCCAGCCUGUUGCACUUUUUCUUUUUAAUUUUUAUAUAAAAAAAAACGGUUUGCACCGGUUAACAAAUGUGGGAUAGACACGUGCUAGAUGUAGACUUUCUUAUAUAUAAUUUAACACAUGCCGGUAUUCCUGGGUUCUUUUUCCAGCCGAUCAAGUGUUGUGGCUUGUUCAGGAGGUGGUUAUAUCGUCACCAAAGCAUCUUAGUUAAGAAUAACUUUAAGACUUCCUUUUGAAAUCAUUCUUUCAUUUCCUGGAGUGUGAUUCUGGUGUGCCUGCAUUGGUUUCGCUGCGACCUGUACAGUUCUGAGAUAGCAGUUGUUUCUGUGGGCAGUGCUGUUGUGUUUUUUUCUCUCUCUCUCUCCCCUAUAUAAAUAACUUGUUUCUUUAACACUUGUACAUAAAACUUCGGCCCACCCCCUUUUCUUUUUGUGCUUUGUAUUUACUGCUGUAUUCCUAAUUACAGAUGCCACCAGCUGUUUUAUAUAUGGUUUGCAUUAUUCUAAUUUUUAGAGAAACAAAUGUAAUGGACACUUACUUGGCAGGGACGUGUUACUGGAAGUGUGGCUCUGAUGUUCUGACCUGUUACUCUCGCAGAGAAUUUUCCCAGAAUAUUAAACUUGGAAAGAUUUUA